ACAAUUUUUGAUUUUGUACGAGGUACGAGUAGAAGUUUGAAUCGACACAAGGAAACAGUCAGUGAAUAUGGUCUGUCUAAAUUUAGUGAUUUUGGUCACUUUGUCAAUUGUAUUGGCACGUUGCCAUGAAAUGUACGACUUAGCAUUCGUACCUCAUGAGUGUAUCAAGAACAGAGCAAUAGCAGCGAACUAUACACCACUCGGCCAAGUAGUACGGAUCGGAGAUCUUCCGGUUUACGAAUAUGAAGUACCAAAUAAUCAAAACAGAUCUCGAAUGCUCGUUGGAGUGUAUGACAUUUACGGAUUUGCGUAUGAGAAUUUGAAACAAGUGAUGGAUCAAAUGGCAGAACAAAGUGGUGGCUUUAGAGUUGUAAUGCCAGACUUUUAUCGUGGCGAAAGUGCGAACCCCGACCAUACCCAAGCUGAACGACAGGAAUGGCUGGCCAGAGUUGGCAAUUGGGAUACGAUUGUCAAGCCAGAUCUAAUCAAUGUUGUCGACCACUACAAAAACGACGGAGUUAGAGAGUUUGCAAUAUUCGGGUUUUGUUGGGGAGGAAGUGUUGCAAUGCAAGUGUCAAUUGAACUGGCCGACAGAUUUAAAGCAAGUGGUCUAGUACAUCCAUCGGGUGUUUCAAAUGAAACAGCUGUCAACGUCCAGAUACCGAUGUAUUUGAUGCCAGCGCAAAACGAUGCUGAUAUGUCACAAUACUACGAGGUGCUUCAAACUAAAUUUGGUGACAAUUGCGGUCACAGACGAUUUACGGACAUGAAUCACGGCUUCGCCGGCGCUCGCGGUAAUUUCAGUGAUCCACUUAACCGCCAGAGAGUUGACGAAGUCAUUACCACGCUUGGUGCGUUCUUCGACCGAAAUCUUAACAAUUCCAAUAAUGUUCAUCCGAGCGGCAUACUCAUCUUGGCGCUGAUUAUAUCAUUCUUCAUUGCACGUGAUUAGGUAUAUACAGGGUUUUACUAGAUGAAUAAUAAUUCUUACCAUCCCGAGAGAACGACAUUAUAAUUUUCGAAGAAUUUAACGAUAAAAUAAAACCUAAACCGCAGCUGGCAGAUUAAGACAACUAUCAGCAAAACUGAGGACU